AUGAUAAUGAGCAGCCAGGUCGCAAACGACGAAGAAGCUUGCGCAGCCCCUUCUCCUUCAAUCCCUCACAAUGCAUUACCACAUAUGAACACCCCAAACAAAGAGGCGGAACCGAACGAUGCGCCUCAUUCAAUCUUCUCGACAACCCAAAAGCGCUGGAUAGCCUCUCUGGCAUCAUUCGGGGCGAUGUUCUCAACUCUUAGUAGUUAUGUAUACUUCCCGGCGCUCGUACCCAUGGCAUCGGAUUUUGACGUUUCUGUGACACUCAUCAAUCUCACAGUAACGUCAUACCUGAUAGUAGCCGGCGUCGCACCGGCAUUCAUGGGGGACAUUGCUGACCAGCGUGGACGACGACCGGCCUAUUUAUUGAUGUACAUGCUCGUGGUCGUGGCCAACCUCGGUAUUGCACUUGUCAAGAACUAUCCUGGUCUCUUCGUCCUCCGAAUGAUCCAGAGUGCUGGCGCUUCUGGGAGUUACGGUGCAGCAUAUGGGGUGAUCGCGGAUGUUACGACGCUGGAGGAGAGGGGAGGCUAUGUUGGUAUCAUCAUUUUCUUGCUUGAUAUAUCUGCCCUCUGCUAUGGGCGGAGCAAUUUCGUCCUAUGGAACUGCUUACAGUCAGGCCGCCUCCUAGAUUAUCGGAUAAAGAGCUUUACUGCUACGUCCUCUGUUGUUGGUAGCCCUUCGCAUUGCGAAGGAGUCUCUCUUGGUGAUACUGAGGUCGAAGACAGCAGAGUUUCGAUGGCCGAUGGACAUCCUCGCGAAUCUGACUCUCCUAGUACUUCCGGAAAGCAUGCUCCAUCAAGUAAACGCAAGAACAAUGAUAGUCCCGGGAAUGAUAUAUCUGAUUUCCCUAUCGAAGAAGCACGAUUCACUAUGGAGAAUUCGCUGAUUCUCAUUAGCGUUGCAUCAACAGUAGGAUACGGUGUCAGCCUGAUGAUGAGAGCUUUUUUGACUGGAGCGGCAACAUCAAGUCUCUUCACGAUGUGCUGCACAAUUCUCACAGAUCUCAACCCAGACAGACCAGCGACAGUUCAGGCCUCUUACAACCUUAUACGGUGUAUUGGUGCUGGAGCUGGUAUCGCGUCACAGCAGCCACUCCUCGAUGCCGUAGGAUCUGGUUGGUGUUUUGCCAUCUAUGCUGUGCUCUUAUUGCUGGGAGCGCCCCUAGUAUGGGUGCUCAAGACUCAUGGAAUGAGUUGGCGAAAGGCUGAGAAGAUACGCAGAAGUCAGUCAGCACACAAUGCUGCUGGGCUCCUAUUCCUCCUUGCCAUGCCAAAUUUCCUCCGCCAUCUCCCUCCCUGUUCCAAUGUGCGAGGGAGCCAGCUUGUCGGCCGGCCGAGCUUGCAGAGCCCAGCCAUACGAAGCUUCCAUGACUACUUCAUAACGCAUAUACCAUCUUCGUCGAUGCACCCUGAUUCUCGGACAAGAGCUGGACCACAUCACAAACUUCCACGAGACAAGUCUGUACCACACAAUGCAGAGGACAAAGGGCGAUUACCGGCUGCGAUGGUGGGGGCUUCUCGUGAGAUGACAGUCGUCCGAAUACCAAUACGAAGCGCGAAACAUCACUUCGGGGCAUCACUGAGCAGAGGCACGCGGCCAUACAAUGAGGAUGCCUUCCAAGCGGGGACUAUUGAGAUACCGGCCUUCGCUAGGCGGCGUCCAAUGUCACUGACCCGUAGCAGUAAAGAUUCUGAAGUGGCGGCAGGAUCCGUAAGAGAAGGUGGGGAUCCGCAAGUGUUCUACUUUGGUGUCUUUGAUGGGCAUGGCGGAAGCGAGUGCAGCAAUUGGCUCAGAGAGCAAUUGCAUCUCUACGUGGAAGAAGGAGCUGGCCUCUUCGAACUCGAGAGCACACUUAAUUUGAAAGACAAGCAGGACAGAAUGUAUGGCUGGCUAGGCGUGGAAAAGGCUUCCAAAAGCCGAUCGGAAGAGCCCCGAGGUGCUGACGUUGUAGACUUUGGGAAGGGAGGGGUCAAGCCUAGCUCCACCGAAGUAAAAGAGCCCAAGUCCAAUGCGAAUGAGGAGCCACCAGAAACAAACGCAAGUUUCGUACAAUCGGACAACAUACAGAAUGCGGAAGAGCUAGAAAAGCAGCUUGUCCAUCAGUGGAAGGAGUUGGUGGGAGGGUACUACAGGCGUUUCAAGCCAGAGUUCUUCUCAGAAGUUGUCGGCGGCCAGGGGCACACGCUGUCAGCCGGCGCUGAGGAAAGAAGACAACCGCGACGAUCAAGUUUACACGACGACCAAGAGCAUGGUCUUGGUCUUGAGACUGUCCUCGAAUAUGCUUUCUUGAAAGCUGACUACGACUUCGUGUCGGCACAAGCCGCCAAGAAAGAUGAGAAAGAAGAUUCUGUAGCUGCGGACCGGGCGAUCAAUGCUGACGAUGUUUUGCACAAUCCUUUUGCCGCUCCAAAGAAUAUAGGAGGUCCCCAGCGCUUCAGAGGAGGUAGUACAUGCAGCAUUGCACUCGUUUCGACGCCCACCCCGUCCCCCUUCUGGCACCCGGCUUCUCCAUCAACAAUUAUCACUGCUCAUUGUGGUGAUACGCGGAUCUUACUCUGCUCAACAUCUACGGGACAGCCAGUACCUCUCACAACGAAUCACCAUCCUUCGGACCCGCAUGAAGCGGCAAGAAUGCGUCGUUACGCAGCAACGUUUGUGACUGACUCCUUUGGCGAGGAACGAGUCUCCGGAUUAGCAAACACUCGAGCCUUUGGCGACAUUGCAUCAAAGCGUAUAGGUGUAUCAGCUGAACCAGAGGUCCGACGUAUCGAAGUCGCGCCGGCGGAAUACUCUUUCAUGGUGCUCAUGUCUGAUGGUGUAUCUGGUCAGCUUGAAGACCAGGAGGUCCUAGAUAUAGUAAAGGAGGCUAAAACCCCAGAGCAAGGUGCGAGAGAUGUAGUCACCUUUGCCACUGCUAUCACGAAUGACGCAGACAAUGCUACCUGUCUCGUCGUUCGGCUCGGCGGAUGGGAGAGGAGGAGUGAAGGGGGCUUAGGCAGCAUGGGGACGAAAGAGAUGCGGGACUGGAAGAAGACUGAGGCCGAGAGUCCUAGGGGACGUAGAGGCUAA